AUUAUUUUAUACAUAGGACCCAAUAGUCAUAGAUCAUGACGUAACAACCAAUGAAUGAGUAGAAGCUUAUGUUUAUCAUGAACCUUACUAUAUCAAAUAAAAACCUUUGAUUAAAAUGUUAAUUAAUUCAUCUAUUUGCUUGCACGUCCAUAAUAAACUAGCUACAUUGCCAAUCUGUCACCAUGGCGGCUCAUAUUAAACAACAAUCUCAAUCCUCUCUUAAUCUCUCUCAAUCUCACUCUCCUCUCCUCAAUUUUCCGGCCACCCCUCUCUUCUUUUUCCGGCGAGCCCAAUUUUCUUAUCACCAUUUCCUACACUAAUUAAGAACUUCAAAAAGGAGAAUCAAAUUUUUUUUUUUCUUCUAUAAGCAAUCAUGUACAAACGUAGAUUCAACACAAAACCAUUGUAUGUUGCUGACCGAGAAGAGCCUGAGCCUGAGCUCAAGCUCGAGCCCAUCUUGGAAGAUGGUCCUGCUUCUCCCUCUUCUUGUGAAGACACAAAAAUUGAAGAAUCAUCGCCCAAGAAAAGGAGGGAGAUGAAGAAGAGGGUGGUGACUAUACCAAUUGCUGACGUGGAAGGAUCUAAGAGUAGAGGAGAGACAUAUCCACCGUCGGAUUCAUGGGCUUGGAGAAAGUACGGUCAAAAGCCCAUCAAAGGCUCCCCUUAUCCAAGGGGAUACUACCGAUGUAGUAGUUCAAAAGGUUGUCCAGCAAGAAAACAAGUCGAAAGAAGCCGUGUGGACCCCACAAACCUCCUCGUAACCUACGCCCAUGAACACAACCACUCCCUCCCUCUCCCAAAAUCUCAUCAUUCUUCCACCAACGCCGUCACCGCCACCGUCACGGCUGCCGUCGACACUCCUUCUCCCGUCGAGUCUCCGGCCGCCACUCCCCAGCCGGAAGAUCGGCCCAUUUUCGUCACUCAUCCAGACUUUGACCUCACCGGCGACCACCACGCCGUGUUUGGAUGGUUCGACGAUAUUGUAUCUACUGGAGUUCUCGUAAGUCCGAUAUGUGGCGGAGUAGAGGAUGUUACGUUGACAAUGCGAGAGGAGGAUGAGUCGUUGUUUGCUGAUCUCGGAGAGUUGCCAGAGUGUUCAACGGUUUUUCGACAGCGGAAUAUUCCUAGUGUGUUUCAGUAUAGCGGCAUUACAGGAUAACAUAAACAUCAUGCGAAAAUAUCAGUAUUAUCAGUUGAGUUAGGUCAAUUCGACUUUUCCUUUUGUGUUUAGCUUUGCAUUGUGAUUAUAAUACUCAUGGCCUGAAAAUCGUGCGGUAUUAAAAAAGGUUGAAUUAUUAGAAAGAUAGAAUUGAAUAAGUUUAUGUUACAGAUCAUGGUUUAAUUUUUUAAUAAUAAUCUUGCUUUGUACAUUUGAAUAAAUAAUUAAUUAUUAGCAGGCUACAGUUCUGUAUUAUUGAUCAAUCCAAUAGUUUUCUUGUUUUGUACA